UCGUUUUCCAUACUCAGAAGGUGAAAUUCUCGACGAGUGACAUUCAGACUUUUAGUGAUAGUUCAGUUUUUGUUCGGUGAGAUGGCGCGGGCCUCAUCGGAAAAAAUGAACGGUUCACCCGAACCACCCCAGGUCCAAAUCGCCAUAACCGGACUAUCCGGUCGUUUCCCGGAAAGCGACAACAUCGAGGAAUUCAAACAGCAGCUGCUCGACGGAAUCGACAUGAUAACCAGCGACCCCAGAAGAUGGCCCUCUGGUCUCCACGGCCUACCCGAGAGAUUCGGCAAACUGAAGAACCUGACCCACUUCGACGCCCAACACUUCGGGGUGCACGCCAAGCAAGCCGAACAGAUGGACCCGCAGGUCCGCCUGUUGCUCGAGGUCACUCACGAGGCAAUCCUAGAUGCCGGCUACAACCCCAACGAACUCAGAGGCACCAAAUGUGGAGUCUUCAUGGGCAUCUGCGCCAGCGAAUCGCUGGAAUACUGGGAAAGGGACGCGGAUGAGAUCAACGGCUACGGUCUGACUGGAUGUUCACGAUCCAUGUUCGCGAACCGGAUAUCGUACGCCUUCGACUUCAAAGGACCAAGUUUUACGGUCGACACUGCGUGCUCGAGCAGCCUUUACGCUUUCUCCCAAGCCAUCAAAGCCAUACAGUCUGGCGAGUGCGAUUCUGCGAUAGUUGGAGGUGCGAAUUUGCUCUUGAAGCCUAACGCUUGUCUUCACUUUCUUCGUUUGGGAAUGGUGAGCCCGGAAGGAGCCUGCAAAUCGUUCGACAGCUCAGCCAACGGUUACGUCAGGGCUGAAUCGGUAGCCGCUAUACUGCUGCAGAAAUCAGGCGUGGCUCGAAGAGUUUACGCUUCAGUCCUAGGCGCCAAGACCAACAGUGACGGUUACAAAGACUUGGGAAUCACCUACCCAUCCGGUGAGAUCCAGCUAAGGUUGAUCCAGGAGAUUUACGCAGAAACCGGCGUAGAUCCCACUCAGAUUGAUUAUCUGGAAGCCCACGGUACAGGUACAAAAGUUGGCGAUCCCCAAGAACUAAACGCAGUUGCAGAAUUCUUCUGUAAGAACCGAAACGAUCCUUUAAUGAUCGGUUCCGUGAAGAGCAAUAUGGGUCAUUCAGAAGGCGCUUCUGGCGUUUGCUCCAUCGCCAAGGUAGUCAUAGCCAUGGAAACGGGGAUCAUACCCAAAAAUCUGCAUUUUAAGAACCCAAAUCCAGAGAUACCUUCUUUAUCUGACGGUCGACUGAAGGUGGUCACAGAGAAUAUUCCGUGGAGAGGUGGCACUGUUGGUAUCAACUCCUUCGGUUUUGGAGGAGCUAAUGCCCAUGUGAUUCUCCGUUCCAACGUCAAACCCAAAAUAACACCAAAAUCCAUAAAUAUUCCUCGACUUAUUGGAGUUUCAGGAAGAACAGAAGAGGCAGUGAAAGAACUCCUGGAUGUAUCCAUAAAAAACAAAGAUGACUCUGAAUUCCUAUCGCUUUUAGACCAAAUUCACAGCUCUCACAUACCGGGACACAAAUUUAGAGGAUACGCCCUUCUGGAAGGUUCAUUCCCUAGUGAAAUACAUCCAGUAGCUUCAGAUAGAAGACCAAUUUGGUACGUUUAUCCAGGAAUGGGAACCCAGUGGCCUGCGAUGGGUAGGGACUUCAUGAAGGUUGGACCAUUCAGAAGGUCCAUCCAGAAAACUGCAGCGGUUUUGAAGCCUCACGGGAUAGAUUUAGAAGAUUUGAUCGUAAACGGGAACGAAGAAACUUUCGAAAACGUUGUGAAUGCUUAUGUUGCCAUAACUGCGAUACAGAUAGCUUUAACUGAUAUGCUCAGAUUGUUGGGAAUUGAACCUGAAGGUGUUAUUGGUCAUUCGUUCGGAGAAGUAGGUUGCGCAUACGCAGAUGGGUGCUUAACGGCGGAACAGGCUAUACUUUGUACGUUGGAAAGAGGUUUAGCAAUCACCAGAAGCAAUUGCCCGCCUGGAUCUAUGGCUUCGGUUGGCCUCACUUGGAAAGAAGCCAAAGAAAGAUGUCCCCCCUUAGUCUACCCCGCAUGCCACAAUAGUGAAAAUAACGUGACAAUUUCAGGAGACCGAAAAGAACUAAGCAAAUUCAUAAUGACCUUGGCUUCAGAAGAUGUGUUCGCGAGAGAAGUGAAAAGUGCUGGAUUCGCAUUCCACUGCAGGCACAUCUCCAAAGCUGCACCCCUGCUUCAAAAAUCCCUCGAGAACGUAAUACCAAAUCCAAAAACACGUUCUGCCCGUUGGGUGUCUACCUCAGUACCUGAAUCGUCCUGGAACAAACCCUCAGCCAACCUCUGUUCACCUGAGUACUUCGUCAAUAACUUACUAAGCCCUGUCUUGUUUAGAGAAGCAACGAACCAUAUCCCAAAAAAUGCGUUAAUAGUUGAAAUUGCACCCACAGCCCUAUUCCAGAGCUUACUCAAGAGAUCAGUUGGUGGUGAAUGCUCAACUGUCAGUCUAUCGAAAAGGGGUCAAAGUGAUAACGUUAGUUUCUUCAUGUCAGCUAUUGGGAAGAUGUACGCGGCUGGUGCCCAACCAUGCCUGAGCGGUCUGUAUGGAAAGCCCAGUUUUCCAGUAGGAAGAGGAACAGGCAUGAUCUCUCCCCAUGUAAAGUGGGACCAUAGUACCGAAUGGGCAGUAGCUUCUUUCGUCGAUGAGACACAACAAUCUGGCGAGUGCCUUGUUGAAGUAGAUAUGACAAAAGAGGAAAACAAAUAUUUGUUGGACCACAAAAUAGACGGGCGAGUUUUAUAUCCAGGAGCUGGAUAUUUGAUCCUUAUUUGGAAGACCUUCGCCAAACUCAAAAACCAAGACUUCGAGAAAAUGCCAGUCGUACUGGAAGACAUUCACCUACACAGAGCCACUAUCCUAUCGAAAGAAGAAACUGUGAAAUUCUUCAUUAACAUAUUAAUGGGAACGGGUGCAUUUGAGCUUCGGGAAGGCGGUUCCCUAGUGGUAUCUGGUAAAAUAAGAGUUCCUGAGGAUAUAAAUAAAGAAACUGUGGAAAUGUCGAAGUUUGAGUCGCCUGCCAAGGAUGACCAUUUACCCUUAUCGAAAGAAGAUAUUUACAAGGAUUUGCUACUAAGAGGAUACGAAUACUCUGAUUCCUUCAAAGGCAUAGUGAAAUCUGAUAAUAUAGGCCAUCAAGGCGACAUACUUUGGAAUAAUAAUUGGAUAUGUUUCGUAGAUUUCGUUCUACAAUUCACAGUAAUCUCUAAGAACACCCAAGAUUUAGUGAUACCAACCAAAUUACAGAAACUAAUAAUAGAUCCAAUAGUACAGAAAGAAGCUUUGUGGAAGAACUCUGGGGUUCUUCCUGUGGAAUUCAACAGAGAUUUGGGAAUAAUAAAAUGUGGAGGUGUUGAAGGAAGAGGUCUGAAAGCUUCUCUGGCCCCUAAGAGGUUAAACCACAGGCAUCCAAAACUGGAGAAAUAUAAGUUUAUCCCUUACCAUCUAACAGAAAAUCAUGGAAGAGCUACAAACUUGAGCAAAACCGAAUUACUGACAAUCCUUUCGCAAAUCGUACUUGAGAAUAGUUCCAGUGGUACGAAGCUGAAAAUGAACGAGGUUAUUCUUAAGGGCCCAGUAGAAUCUUCUUUGUCUCCACUUCUGAAAAAAAUUCUUGAAAGUGAACCUUCGGUUUCUGUGGACUCAACUGUGGUGACAUUCCAACCUGUUGACACGACGUUGUUGAAUGAAUGUGGGAUAAAGCAUUCUCAAGCUUUGAACGAGAAUGUAGAUUUUUCAGUGUGCCAUGAUUUACUCACCUCGAAUGAUAUUGAAACCUUCAAAACCAUUGUUAAUGCAAUUAGGAAAAAGGGGUUUAUUCUACUUGAGGAAUCUAAAACCACCCCUGCUCACCUAGAUUUCACCACCAUCGGUCUUCAAAUGAUCAGCAGUAUAAAGACAUCGAAAAACAACUAUUUCCUCCUAAGAAAACAACCUCAUGAACAUUCAAACAGCGUUAUGAUCAAAAUAUCCAAUGCUGAUUUCUCAUGGGUGGAACCCUUGAAAAAAGCUGUGAUGGAAAGCGAUGCGAAAGGAAACAAAGUAUACCUUUACUCGGAGGAAAAACUGAAUGGGGUUAUGGGAAUGGUUAAUGCUUUGAGAAAAGAGACUGGUGGAUCAAAUUUGAGGUGCAUUUUCAUCCAGGACCAAACUUCGAAGCCCUUUUCCAUUGACAAUUGUUCAGACCAGCUGAAAGGAGAUUUAGUUCAUAAUAUUUUUAAGGAAGGAGUGUGGGGGUGCUAUAGACAUUUGAUGCUGGAAAACAUCGAGGAGUCCAACAGAAAAUUGGUGCCUCAUGCCAUCAUUAACACACUUACCAGAGGAGACUUGUCCAGUUUGAGAUGGAUUGAGAGUCCUCUAUCCAAUAAUCAUAAGGGUAUUGAACUCUGCAACGUCUACUAUGCCUCAUUGAAUUUCCGCGACAUCAUGCUUGCAACAGGUAGGCUGCCUCCUGACGCCCUACCUGGUAAGUUAGCUGGUAAGGAUAACAUACUAGGAUUGGAAUUCGCUGGUAGAGAUUCCAAUGGGGAUCGUUUGAUGGGUCUGGUAGAAUCGAGAAGUUUGGCAACGACUGUUAUGCUUGACAACCAGUUCUACUGGAAGGUGCCCGAAAAAUGGAGCUUGGAGGAGGCAGCAACGAUUCCAGUGGCGUACUGUACUGCCUACUACUCACUAAUACAAAGAGGAAAUCUACAACCAGGUGAAUCUGUAUUGAUUCAUGCAGGAAGUGGAGGAGUUGGCAUUGCUUCAAUCUCACUUGCUCUUCAUAUGGGAUGUCAAGUGUUCACCACCGUUGGCAGCAGACCCAAACGCGAAUUUCUCAAAAAAACAUUCCCAGAAUUAUCGGACAAAAACAUAGGCUACUCGAGGGACACUUCCUUCGAACAGUUCAUACUGUCUGAAACACGCGGUAGAGGUGUUGAUGUUGUUCUGAACUCAUUGGCAGCAGACCAGCUCUACGCUUCCGUACGAUGCUUGGCAAACAACGGUAGAUUCUUGGAGAUAGGGAAAGUGGACCUUUCCAACGAUUCUCCGCUAGGCAUGAACGUGUUCCUUAAGAAUAUAUCAUUCCAUGGAAUUCUAGUCGAUGCCCUUCACGACCCUGCAAUGGCUAAAGUCCAAACCGAAUUGGUGAAGUUGGUCAGUGAAGGAAUUGAUAAUGGGGCAGUAAGACCUCUACCAGCAACGGUGUUCAGCGAAGGCCAAGUAGAAGAAGCCUUCAGAUACAUGGCAACAGGUCAACACAUUGGAAAAGUAGUUAUCAAAAUCCGCGACGAGGAACCACAAACUCGCGUCAAACCGAUACCAAAACUGGUAUCGGCCAUUCCACGAGCUUACAUGAACCCCGAAAAAAUUUACAUUCUUGUUGGUGGACUAGGAGGUUUAGGAUUAGAACUAACUAACUGGUUGGUGAAUAGGGGGGCUACAAAAGUCCUGUUAUCCUCAAGAUUUGGAAUCAAAACGGGAUACCAAUCUCUCUGCGUGAGGAAAUGGAGGGAGAAGGGGGUAACAGUUAUCAUUUCAACCGAGGAUGUCACAACUGAGACUGGUGUCAGGCGUUUGAUCCAACAUGCAAAAACCCAUGGUCCUGUUGGAGGUAUAUUCAAUUUGGCAGCAGUAUUGAGGGAUAAAACCUUGAAAAACCAGACCGAAGAGACCUUCAGUAUCUGCUGUCUUCCCAAAGUAACAGUCACAAUGCAUCUUGAUAAGGUUUCGCGAGAAACCACAAAGGAUUUGGAUUAUUUUGUGAUCUUCUCCUCAGUGACGUGCGGCAGGGGUAAUAUUGGUCAAUCAAACUAUGCCUUCGCCAACUCUGUGAUGGAACGAAUCUGCGAAGAUCGUCGAGAAGCAGGCCUGCCAGGAUUGGCCAUACAAUGGGGAGCUGUUGGUGAUGUUGGUCUAGCUAUGGAAUUGCUAGGUACGAACGAUAUGGAACUGGCGGGUACUUUACCUCAACGAAUAUCAUCUUGUUUGAACACACUGGAUGUUUUCCUGGAACAGAGCAACCCCAUCGUUUCAAGUUUGGUUCUGGCGGACAAUCAAGCCUCCGUAAACGCCAAGAAUAAAGUCGAUUUGAUCGAUACCAUCGCUAACAUCCUUGGACUGAAAGAUAAGAACAAUUGGCCGAAGAACUCAACGCUUUCUGAGCUCGGAAUGGAUUCGCUGAUGACAGCUGAGAUAAAGCACACCCUGGAGCGUAAUUUCGAUAUCAUCUUGAAUUCUGCCGAAAUCAGAGCAUUGACUCUAGAUAAAUUAACGACGUAUGAGUCAAACUUAAGAUCUACUGACGAUUCUACGCUCAAGUCGUCCAAUAAGGAAAAUCAACAAUUGGUUGUUCGAAACAUAGAAGUGAUGCCUAAAAGAACUUUAGUAAAGAUGUCAAAGGAAGACGUUAGUUGCAGCAAAUCCCCAUUGUUCAUCAUACAUCCCAUCGAAGGAAAAGUAGAUGCGUUAGCUGGAAUGGCCAGAAGGAUAAAAGCUCCUGUUUAUGGUCUACAAUGUACAGCGGAUGCCCCAUUAGAAGAUAUCGAGACAUUGGCCAAAUUUUACUUGGAACAUGUCAAAACGGUGCAACCCCAUGGUCCUUACACGAUAGUGGGUUACUCGUUUGGAGCCUGUGUUGCUUUCGAAAUGGGUCUUCAGCUCGAGAAAGAAGGACAAGAGGUCAAACUCUGGUUUAUUGAUGGCUCACCAUCUUAUGUGUCUGUUCACUUGGUGAGAGAAAGAGCAAAUAAAUCGAUAGAGGCUAAUACGGACGAGGAGCAGAGUGAAGCUUUGGUUUUCUUCAUGACACAAUUCAGGGAUGUAGAUGAGGAAAAGAUAGUUGCUGAACUCAUGGAGUUACCCUCAUGGCAAGAGAGACUGUCUUCAAGUAUGAAGACCUUAUCUGCAAUGACUUCACUUCCAGCAAGUGAACUUGCGUUAGCUGCUUCGAGUUUCUUCCAUAAAAUUCAAGCUGCCGAUAAAUACAAGCCAUCCACAAAAAUCCGAGGAGAAGUUUGCUUGUUAAAAGCUACGGACAAUGAUCUGAAGUUGGACAGGGACUAUGGGUUAUCAGAGAUUUGUCAACAAAUGGUGAAAAUAUAUACCCUGGAAGGGAACCAUACGUCCAUCUUGACUGGAAGCACAGCGGAGAAGCUUGCCAAUAUACUGCAACCGAAGUAGUAGCUGAUAUCAGAAAGAAGAGAAGGGAUUUUUCCUUGAAUCGAAGGACCAUUAAUUUUUUCUGGAUUUUUUAUUUAUUUAUUAUCAUUUCUGUUUUGGAUAAUCGACUGAUAGAAACGGGUUCCAGAGCGGAGAACAGAAAACUCUCAUUCAUCUUUACAGUUUUAGACUAUCUGUUCAUAAGAAAGAUAUCCGACGAUGUGAUGGUCUGAAAAUGACCCUAUUGAUCGAAUUGGUCUUAAUAAUUGACCAAUGAGUAUCAUUUUGGAUCAUCAUAUCUAUGAAAAAAAUGCAUAAGACCAUUAGAUAUUAUUUAUUUGAAUCCAAAAUAUCCGACAUCUUUCUCUUGGUGAAUAUUAGA